GCCAUAAUGGUGUGCAUGAAUGCCCUAGCAGACGCUCUCAAGAGCGUUAGCAAUGCUGAGAAGAGAGGCAACCGCCUGGUUCUUGCUAGGCCAUGCUCCAAAGUCAUUGUCCGGUUUCUCAUGGUGAUGAUGAAGCACAGUUACACCAGCGAAUUUGAAACCACUGAUGCUCACAGAGCGGGGAAAAUUGCUGUGAACCUCAUAGGCAGGUUGAACAAAUGUGGAGUGAUCAGCCCCAGAUUUGAUGUACAACUGAAAGAUCUAGAAAAAGGGCAGAAUAACCUGCUCCCGUCCCGCCAGUUUGGUUUCAUUGUACUGACAACCUUAGCGGGCCUCAUGGACCAUGAAGAGGCAAGACGAAAACACACAGAGGGGGAAAUCCUGGGAUUCUUUUUCUAG